AUGGCCGGUCGUGAAUUCACUCUGUCUUUCGAGACCACUCCCCCAACAGCUGUGCGGCCCGGAUUCCCUUUUACCAUCCCGGUGGUCAUUUCAGUGAAUCCCAUCGGGACCCCAGCCCAAAACGCCCAAGCCCUAGUGGUGAACGCCUCCCUUCGCGACGAAGCCUGUACUGGAGCCGCAGCGGGCCUGAGCGGCAAUCUUACAGCGAGCGUUCGGAGCCGAGCCGACAAUGCAAAAAGCGGAUACGCAAAAUUUAGCCCUCUGGCGAUUUCACAACCGGGCAAGUUUCGUCUGCGCGUGAUGCUCAGCGCAGCCUCGUAUAACGGCGUGGUGACCAAGGAGUACGUCGAUUCAGCGGUAAUCCACGUGCACGCCGGCGCAGCAGCUGCGCAGCAACCAACUGCUGCUCAAGUGGCCCGCCUUCAGCGACUGACGGCCGAAAAUUUGGAUAUCUCCGCUGCCGACAUUGCGGCAUGGCAGCGCGCGUAA